AGCAUGGAGAAUAACCACACCUUCCUGUACUUUGCAUAUGGCAGCAACCUGCUGAAGGAGCGCCUCCAGCUCAAGAACCCCUCAGCAACAGUACACUGUGUGGCCAGACUCAAGGACUAUAAACUGGUGUUUGGAAACCAUAAAGGCCUUGCCAGUGACCGGUGGCAUGGAGGUGUAGCCACCAUAGAGCACAGCCCAGGGGACGAGGUGUGGGGUGUGGUGUGGAGGAUGAACAUGUCUGAUCUGGAGUCUCUAGACAGUCAGGAGAAUGUGACAUUAGGUGCAUAUACUCCUGUGGAGCUAUCAGUGAAGACAAAAGGCCAGGAGCUCAACUGUCGUACCUACAUAAUGAACAGCUGUGUGUAUGCCCCACCAUCACCACAAUACUUACAGGUGAUUGUGAUGGGAGCUGAGCAAAAUGGCUUGCCAAAGGACUACCAGGAGAAGCUGAGAGCAAUUAAGACCAACAUGUAUGAGGGUCCUCUGCCCAUGAUGGCUGAACUGGAGCGAGCCAGAAGAAGAACCAAAGAGAGGACCAACCACCGUUCUGACGCCUAA